CUGAGGGUCAUUGCAAGCACAGGAUGGAGUUUUCAAAUGCGCCUACGUUGCUCCAACAAGCGGAGAAGAUCUUGCUGCACCCAAUCCACCCCCACCUGAUCGCCUAUUGCCCAACUAUGGACCUGAUUGCCGUCGUUACUACAGAAGAGAACUUGGAAGUGUACCGUAUCAAUGGGCAGCGAGCUUUCGGCUUAAAAAGGAAGAGCGAGGAACUAGUCCUCGAUACGAUCAAAUGGGAGUUCAAUGGCAAAAGCAUCGCAGUCAGUUGGAGCGACGGCAAAACAGAUCUAGUCAGCAGCGAAACGGGAAAAGUCGGGUUAAAGGAUCUCGACCUGCCGAAGAAAGUUUCAAGAGAUGGAUCUAACAGCAGGGUGAAGUGCAUUGGAUGGGGCCUGAACUUCAUUGAUGUUGAGUCUGUCAAGAGCAGGACGAAGAAAGCGGCGCGGGGUUUCGAUCUCUCGACUGAAGUUUGGGAUGAGGCAAAGGAUGGCGCAGAUGUUGAAGACUUCCUACAGAGGCAGCCUGAUAUACAUGCUGUGGAUUGCGCGCCUGAUCUGCCGGACCAGCUGGCUGUUAUGGAUGUCGAGACGCUGUUGCCGAAGCUGCCUGCGAUUCCAUUGCCGCCUGCGCUCCCGUUCAUGAGGGUCUCACAGGCAGAUUCGGGCGCGUUCAGCUCGCAAGCCGAGGUCGAUGCCAUUAGCUUUGUCCCACUAACACUCAACUUCGUCCCGAGCGCAGGCAUUUACCUCCACCUCAUCGCCUCUAAGACCUCACAGCUUCAAAACCUUCUCCUCUACAUAACACAAUGCCUCCAAUGCAUUCGUACAUUCUUCAAGCACGCCACAGAUCUCCCUUCGAAGUUCAUGAUGAACAUCUCCGAAACACUCGAAGAAAAAGGUCAAGGCGAUCUUACUACGAACCUCUUUCACCUAGCCUGCACCAGCGCAUGCCCACCUCUCAUCCGCGAAUGGCUCGUCGACGAGCUCGCCGAACAGGGUCACAAGCGCUGGGACAACACUGUCACCUCCUCGCUCACCACACUGCAGGCACUUGUACAUGAAAAUCUCAUCCCGGCACUUGAUCGCACGGCAACAGUCAUUUCGCGCCUGCGUGGGCUAGCGAUGUAUCACGACACAGAUUGGAUCUUCAGCAGCCCGACCACAGAGUUUACAUCCCUCCUCGAAACGCUGAAAAACAUGCGCUUAUUAGCACAUACCGUGCUGCUCUACAUCGCAGAUGAAAAACGCCAAUUCGCUGCAUUCAGCAGAUGGCUGCGCUUCGUCAUCGACUUCGAAGCCACAGAGCCCGAUAGCCAAAGCCGAGCCGAGAUGGAGGGGCGAGACUCGGGUGUUGAUGUCAGCUUGGUACUGGAGUAUGUGCGCUAUGGGCUGCAGCAGAGCAGUCUGCAGCCGUAUUUGAUGCCAGAGGUUAUGCUGGAAGCGGAAGAUAAGGAGAAAGCGAAGGCGAGCUAUGAGGAUACGAAAAAGGCGAUUGAGGUGUUUGAGGAAGGGCAGAAGUGGAGACCUGAGGCGCUGUGCUUGGAGCAUGUUCUGGGCCAUUUGGCGAAAGGCACGACGGGGUUGUUGAGGCAGGUUAGUAAGUGGCAGGAGAGCGGGAUACAGAUGGACAGCGGUGUCGUCCUCGAGACCUCCCCGAAUGGAGAAGAGGACAGCAUCGUGGAUAUGAAGAUGGUGUAUGAGCAGCAACCGGCACUCUCCACGACAUCAAGCCGGACAGAGAUAUCAACCUACAUCGCCCUCGCCUCCCCCUCUUCCCCAGCAACGCUCCACAUCCACCGCCUCACCCACCUAUCCAGCAUAACCUCUCUUCCCCGGGACCUGCGGAGCCACAGUAUCGCGAGCCUCUCCUUCCCGUCCGGCAGUUCAAUCCUCGACUUCAAAUUCGCCGACG